AUGAACAAAACAAGCUCCAGUCACCAGAUCAAGUACCUGGCGAUACUUACAUCCAUCGUCUUCAUUUGGCUGCUAUGGCAUCUCGACAUCCGCCAGGAAGUCGCCGAGAAGGCCCGUAAGAUCACACACCCAAGCACCAGCUACAAUGGCCACACCGCCAGCGAGGUCCUUCCUCCCGAGAAGGCUGCCGAGUACUGCGAUCAUUACCGCCUCAAGCCGGCCGACUACAACCUGGUCCGCAAGCGCAAGGUGUUCGAUCUGCUCCUGAUCAACACUGAGGUUGAAAUGCUCGAGGUCCGCAUGGGUCAAAUGGCUCCGUACGUCGACUACUUCGUCAUCCUUGAGUCUGACAAGACCUUUACCGACCAUCCCAAACCGCUGUAUAUCAAGGAGAACUGGGACCUCUUUAAGCCGUGGCACAAUAAGAUGAUCCUGCGGACCAUGGAUCUCGAGGCUCUCAAGGACGGCUCGACUUGGGACCGCGAGGCCAAGAGCCGUAAUGCCAUGUACGAGCAGGUGAUUCCCUCGCUCGUGGGUGAGCAAGCUGCCGCCUUCGACGACGUUCUUAUUGUGUCCGACGUCGACGAGAUUCCCAAGCCCGAGAUCCUCCGCGCAUUGAGGAACUGCAACAUCCCGCCGCGUGUCACCAUUCACUCCAAGAUCUACUACUACUCGUUCCAGUGGCUCGCCCGCAACGACUGGACGCAUCCCCAAGCCACCGUCUAUCGAGGUGCCGACACCGUCCUACCUGAUGACCUCCGUAGUAACGCCGACGAUCAUCACUUUAACCACGGCGGCUGGCACUGCAGCUACUGCUUCAGCACGAUUGAGGAGAUGGCACAGAAGAUCAACUCGUUCUCGCAUGCAGAGUUGAACAAGCCCGAGUUUAAGGAUCCCAACUGGAUUGUUGAUGUUUCCCGGCGUGGACUAGACAUUUUCGGCAGAGGCGGCUCCAAUUUCGACCGCGUUGAAACAAACCACGACGUGCCGGACUACGUCAAGCAUAAUUCGGACAAAUUCAGAUUUCUGCUCGAUCGCGACCCACCUAGUGGAAACUUCAGGGAUUACACACCCCAGUCGAAGUCGGCAUAG